AUGGGUCGCGAAGAGCGCUUUGUUUGUGGACAUGAACGACAUGUUCCGUGGGAGGUUGAGACAGCCUUGAACGAGAUCUUGGAGAGACUGAUUGGCGGCCCAAGUCGAGACCUACAAUCGUGCUCAACGGUUAAGACUCCGUUGUUGUUGGACACCGCCAACGACCUCUUGGAUUCCUUUGUGGAACAUUUUGAGAAGGCGUGCAGAUCGGAAGACGUCCCCGCAAAGGGAGUCAGAAAAAAACGUUUGCCAAAAAAAUGGAUCGUUCGCUUCAUGAAGAAAUGGCAAUGGUCCUACCAAAACAGCAACACCAAGGGAGCAUUUUUGGCAACUACUUCCAUCGAGAUGGAAGAAAUGCGCAAAGCGCACCGGAUGCAGCGAGCAAUGCUGGGUGUUGACUGGCGCUUGGUUCUCAACUUUGACCAGCUAUGGAAGGGAUCCUAUGACCCAGCCAAGCGAGUCUUGCAUAAGUUGAAGCACCGCAAUGCCGUAAAGGACAACCUCAGGCCGGAUGAUGCCAGCAAGCUCAAGGCCAUCAAGGAGAUGGUCACAGCAGAGGCCUUGCAGAACAUGAGCUACCCUUCAGGGAGUCGGGCCAGCAAACUCCGCAAGGGCGUUCCGAGGACGGACUUCGUGGUCGGGGGUCGGCAGGGCGUAACAGCAGUUACGUCGACAUGGGCCAACGGUGAGAUAGGACCGUUGGGGGUAUGUGUCCGCAACGGCAGCCUCACGCCUGGGGAGGUGGAAGAACUGAAUUCCUCCUAUCAUGGACAAGUGUUCGUCUUCUUCUCCGGCAAUGCGGAGUCGCACUUCAUGUCGGCUGAUACGACCUUGUCGUAUUUGAGGCAUUUGGUGGCUCCAGCAGCACGGCUGCAUACCAAAUAA